AUUCCAUGUCUACUGGGUGGGAGCAGUGUGGAGGGGGCAUGUGGGGAAGUAUAUAAACCAGCAGCCCCACACAGCAGCAAUGAAACCGAUCUCCCUCACUUCAACUGCAAACCAGGUGUCUGUUUAAAGCCUUUGUACACAAAAUGAGGAACCUGAUAGUGUGUGUGCUCGCCCUAGCACUGAUGGCACAAGCUGUUGUGUCUCUGGAGUGUUAUCAUUGCCCUAAUGGAGGAAGAUGCUUCACCACUCAGAAAUGCAGGGAUGACCAGGAUCAAUGUAUUACCAUGUUCUUCCUUCUCACUGCUAAAUACGCUAAGCGAUGCUCCUCGACGUAUGAGUGUGAAGUCAUGAAGGCCAUGGGGGGGUCUGCACUGAAGGCCAUUUGCUGCAACACUGACCGGUGCAACCGAUAAACAGGAGCACCUGCACUCUCAAGACCAACACCAGCAGGGUGUCCCUCUCCCCCUGCAGUGUGACUGGAAAUCCUCACUGAGGGGCCUUGCUGAAAUCUCUUUCUUUCACACACACACACACAUAUUCUUCUUAUUUUUUCAGCAGCUGUACUAGUUACUCCAUGGAGAGCACUAAUAAUAAACGAUAUUACAGCCCCAGA